CCCCCCACACACACAUGUAUUAGAGCUGCAGUACUGAGGCUGAGUACCCCUCAUCCUUAGCAUUGAAGGAGUUAAUAUUUACACCCAUCAAAUUGAUCUUGUAGAAAUGAUGCUUAAUUUUGUACUUCCCCUGAUAGGGACAAUUCAAGAGUAACGAUAAAGCAACAUCCCUCACGUUACUGCACACCGCUAUAGAGUUGUGAGGUUAAAUGAGCAAUGUUGCAGACUCUUCUGGUAACGUUACAAUCGUUCCCAUGCUGUACUGACUGCACGUCAUGUACUCUGCAUUGUGGCCCCAUCCUGUGAUACAAGGGAAAAGUAGAUUGAGACGCUGGGAUCCUUGAUUGUUGGGUCUGUAUGAAAGGAUGCUGGGCGGCAUGCAAGAGCGGCACAAAGAUGCACUCAUCAAGUUGAGGGUGGCCCUGGUUCAAGAGAUGGUACCUGAUGAACUAGUAGAACAUCUUGUGUCCAAGAAGAUUUUAACUCCGUUUAUGCAAGAAAAGAUCCAGUGUAAGGGUGUGAGCUACAGACAGAACAGCACUCUGCUGGAUUUACUUCCCAGACGCGGCCCCAAAGCGUUCACCAUCUUCUGUACUGCGCUCCGAGACACCGGGCAGGAGCACUUAGCGGAGCAGCUGGAGGAACAAGAGCGAUGCCUCAAACCAGAGGUUCCUUUCUCUGUGGAAGAAAUCGGAGUUCAGCGAUGGCGAGAGCCCUGCGAGAGGUGUAUAGAUGAUGGGGACGGCCCAGGAAACGUAGCUAUGACCAGUGUAGACUUCUACCUAUCACACCAAAAGCAGGCCUACAAGAUGACCACACGCCCCCGUGGCUACGCCCUGAUCAUCAGUAAUGUCCAUUUUGCUGCGCCAGAAUUGGAUUACCGCCAUGGCGGGGAAGUGGAUCUGGUCUCUUUGAAGCAGUUGUUUUCUCACUUGAACUAUCAGGUGGUUGUUCGGAGUAACAUUACGGCUCAGAAAAUGAUAUCCGAGCUGGACUUGUUCUCAUCACUGCCUGAACACGCACGCCUGGACUCCUGCAUUGUCUGUAUUCUGUCUCAUGGGGUAGACGGUGCUGUUUAUGGAGCUGACGGCAAACUACUCCAAUUGCAGGAUGUAUUUACAAAGCUGGAUAACGCUCACUGCCCGCAGCUACAGAACAAGCCUAAAAUGUUCAUUUUCCAGUCCUGCCGCGGCGAAGAGGCAGACCGUGGCGUAGACCAGCAAGAUGGAAGAGAACAAGCGGGGUCUCCCGGCUGCGAACAGAGCGAUGCAGGAAAAGAGGACGGGAAAGUCCGUCUGCCGACCCAGUCUGACAUGAUCUGCGCCUACGCGUGUCUUAGAGGUACUGUAUCACUUCGCAAUACAAAACGGGGCUCGUGGUUCAUUCAAGAUAUGACUGAAGUGUUUUCCAAACAUGCUAAGGACACACAUGUAGCUGACAUGUUGGUGAAGGUGAACGCUUGCAUAAAGAAACGAGAGGGACACGCUCCAGGGACUGAAUAUCACCGCUGCAAAGAGAUGUCCGAGUACAGCAGCACUCUCUGCCGAGACCUCUACCUGUUCCCAGGAGUCUCCCUGUGAUCCCCUGCACCGCCACACACCGCCAGCACUUCUAAUUUAUACAUUAUUAUCCGUUUGUCAGUGGAAAGAAAAAUACUUUACAAACUUUAUUCACGUCUUCCAAGUUUAUAUUGUCUCCUGUCACUUUUUGCACCUGACCUUCCCUGCUUCAGCAUUAAGAGAAGUGCUGCGCUGCCUGGGAAUACAUAUUAUCCGUGAUCGCAGGAUCCAUCUUCCCUGAUGUGUGACAUAUGAACAGGUUCUGUGCUACGUAACAGGCCGGUGCAUGACGGGGGAUGUUGUGUUUUGUUUUAUAUUGUUUUAAGUUUAGUACAUUCCUUAGUUUAUGGGGUUUCAUGGUUUAACGCUGUUAGAGGCAACAAGAAGUUUGCUAUGUGCCUCAGCUUUUGCACUUUUUCUCUCCCACUGGACUUCAACGAAGUUAGGACCAACUAGGUUAUUGGCCUCAUAGGAUUUCAUGCUCGUGGUCUUCCAUGUGCGCUGAUUGCUACAAGGGCUUGUGACGUUAAGCUUCAUUCAACACUUGGGACGAUUUAUGCCUCACAAGGUAUUAUCCCAGAUACAGCGUCUCAUUGCCACCACUAAACAUCUCAUACAGGGCCAAAGGCUACUGAUCAUGUACACAGCAUAAUGUCUGGUGUUAUGUUGUGUUCUUUCAAUGUGUAUUUUUUCAGUCACCUACAAAAAAAAAAUGGACGUUUUCCAAUUGUGCAUCGCAAAAUUGCUGCUCUUAAAUAUUGCCCACGGAUGCUACAGAUGUGUCCUUGUACACCUAGCCUCUAUAUGCCAUGCAGCGUGAGUGAAGUGAUAGGCCCAAUGUGACUCAGCUUGCGUAGAGAGUCUAUUUGGGCCCAAAAUGCGCGAUAAUCGCAAAUAGAUGCAAUGAAUCGCUUCUGGAGACUGCUCUGAUUAAUUUGACACAUAUAUCUGUGUGCGGCUGAGCCUGUAUGUGAAGCACAGCAGAACAUCGUACAACUUCGUAUACGGAUUCAGACCUGUACGCCAAGAAGGGCUGUUUUGCGCGACUACAGCAAUAGUGUAUGAGGACACAUCGGUAGACGGAUCUAUCUGAACAAGCCCAAAUGAAUUAUUUAAUUAAUCCUAAUGGAAUGUUAUUGUCACCUCUUGGUAAUGUUGGUAACAUACACGUCGUAAACAUUUCAAGUUAAACCCCAAGACCUAAUAGUUUAAUAAGAAAAGGAAAUCUGUAGCAUAUAUUGGAUGCCUGGGACCUGAAAUUAAGACUCGUUACGAAGAGAGAUUAAUACAACAUUCUGACAUGUAUGUGAACAUCCGGAACUGCCAGUGGUCUGGGCGUCGUGCGUGUCCUCUUCGCCAUGUCCAGCGCUUUAUCUCAGGACUUUCUCGCUUGUUAGACACUGCCGCAUUGUGUAUUAUACUAUGCUCUGCCAAAUACUCCAUUGUCACACGCCUGGUCGUGUCACGGUGUAUCUCCGUUAAAAAUGAGGAAUGAUGUUUGUGUUUUAAUAAAACUUUUUAUAUGUU